AGUUUCGAGCUGAUCUUCGCGGCCUACAUUUCAUAGAAGUUCCUAAAGGCAACUCCCACUUCGUACGUUAAAUCCAGCGGUGUUACGGUUUUCCGAACAGAUGAAAUCGGUUGAAUUAUUUUAAAAAGACGACGUAUACACUGAGAUUGGAUUUCAUGUAAAAUGUUGUAUGAAACUUCAGCAUCGUUCGAACAUCAAAUUGCAAUGACAGGCGAACAAAUAACAUGAGAAUUUACAUGAAACGAAAUGCAGAAUGUAUUACAGAACUCUAUUAAUGCUAAUGUUAUUUGUCGCUCUAACGUCGAGUUGUCCUUUUCCGUGCAUAUGUCGAUGGAAGAAUGGGAAACAAACCGCGGAAUGUGCCAAUAAAGACCUUCUAGUCAUUCCGGCGUCCCUAGAGAGCGACACUCAAGUUUUAGAAUUCUCUGGAAACAAUUUGAGGACGUUGCAUCGGGAGAAAUUCCUGAAACUCCACCUAAUGAACUUACAAAGGAUUUAUUUGAGCAGAUGUAGAAUCAGCGUUGUAAACGGUCAAACCUUCAAAGGUCUGACGAACCUCGUUGAGCUUGAUUUGUCGGAAAAUCUAUUAGAAUCGGUCCCUUCGGACUCGUUUCAAGACUGUCCAUCGCUAAUGAGACUUUCAUUAAGUAGAAAUCCUAUCAAAGAGCUCAACGAAAACGCUUUUAAACAUUUAUCGUUAUUGAGCAUGCUGGAACUCAGUAAUUGCGAUAUUUCGAAGGUACAUACGCAUACCUUCGACGGUUUAUAUAGUUUGGAAUGGUUAAAUUUGGAAUCUAAUAAAAUGAAAUCAUUUCCGGCGUUACUACCUGCAAGCUUAAAAGGAAUUCAACUACAAGGAAACCCGUGGAAAUGCGACUGCAAUUUAUUAGAUUUUCAAGAAUUUCUCGUGAAAUUCGCGUAUCCUUUCUCGCACGAACCCGUAUGCAAAACGCCAUCAAGUUUAGUGGGUCGAAAAAUUAAAUCUGUUCCUAAAGACGAACUCGCUUGUCUCCCCGAUGUGUCGCCGACAACGUUUUAUUUGGAAAUAGACGAAGGUAAAAACAUUUCGCUAGUUUGUCAAGUCCACGCUAUACCGGAAGCUAUGAUUAAUUGGUAUUUCGAAGGGCAGUUAUUGAGAAACGAUACGUACAUCUCACCGGAACUACACUUAUUGUAUUAUGUAGAGCAGGGAUUGCAUGACAAACGUAGUGAGCUCUUCAUAUUUAAUGCCAACUCUGGAGAUACGGGAACGUUCAUAUGCAACGCUGAAAAUUCUGCGGGAGUUUCUAAUGCCAAUUUCACUAUACGAGUCCUUUUAAAGCAAAGCACCAGGCAGGAAGUCGAUGAGCUACCAAUGGAGUUGGUUUUUAUCGCUAUUCUAGUAACAGUUUCAUCAGUUCUACUGUUGUUGGCUAUCACCGCGGUUUGCGUACUAAAAUGUCGUAGAAAUUCACGUUUGAGAAGGAAACGUGAUGAUUCUAAAGUUGCUUUCGGCAAUUCGACCGCGGAUACUAUAUCUAGAGAAAGUUCGGACACUAUAACUCAGAAUAAAGGCUCUAAUUUCAAAUUAGUGAAUUACGACGAGUUUAAAAUUGCUCAUAUUCACAGUGAUGAAAAUGUAAUUGCUGUUACUCACAAUCAAGCACAGAAGUGUUAUCAAGAACAGAAUCCCGACAUCAUAAACGGGACUGAAAUAAUAGAAAAUAGUGAUUACGGGGUGAUAUUGCAAAGACAGCAUUCGGUAAUGAGAAACGUAGAAUACGAUUACAUGAGUGAUCAAGGGGUUAGUGACUGUAAUUUAUAUUUCAUGCAUGAUGUGGUGCUGAAUCCAAUCGUAAACUGUUAUCGAACUUUACCUAAUAAAAGGAGAGCUGCUAAUGCUUCGUUUGGUCGUUUAUCCAGAGACGCGGAAUUUCUAAAUCGAAAUCCGACAAAUGCAGCGUCUACGGCAUCUCCCUUGACCUACGAGUAUUUCGAAUGCGACAUACGUUACACCGCCGAUGGAUAUCCAGUCAAAGCGUUAGAUAAAUGUCAACAAGCGGUGCCGAAUCCAGAAUCGCAUAAAUCAUUUAGAGAAGCGUUGGAAUCCGGUAAGGAGGAAAUCGAAGGAACGUUACCGAUUGGGCCCUCUUGCGGCCAGGAAACUCAUCCAUCGAACGUGUUUCAUACCUAGACUGAAUUUUAAUACGUAUUUUUACAUGUGAUUGGUUAGGAUUUCUGAGAGAAAAAAAGUAGAAUAAACAAUGUUUGCGUUUGACGGGAAGUCAUCUUAUUAAACAUAUACAUUUCGUUUUGAAAGCUAAAAAACUAAACUAUCGCCUAUCAUUUCACAGUUAAACUCUCUAUAAUUAAUUUUUAGAGUUUGAAUCUCAUGAAAAAGAGGCUAUUGUGAUCAGCGAAGGCUAUUAAAGCUAUUGUUAUGUUGCAGGGUGGUAUGACACAAAUUAUUGCUUCAAAUACAUCCGGAUGGUUACGACGUGUCAAUAAUAGGCACAAUCAUAGAUUUCGGGGUAGGCCUCAGCUUUCAGGAAUAUCUCUCGUAUUGACCAAGAUAAAAUACAAUAAAAUAUGGCCGCAUCACUAUCACAGAACGAAGAAACGUGAGCGCAACACCCGCUUUAGGAAUAAUUUCCGAUUUACGGAGAGUCAGUUAGGUUUAAAUCAUAUAGAAAACGAUUAUAAUCCUCCAUAAACUAUGAGCAUGAAGAUAAUGACGCUCUAUUCCAAUUAACGUAAAACACCUCUGAAAUAUCAUUGCUUGAUGUCGUGCUAGAGUGGGAUGAAAUUUUCAUUGGAGCAAUGUGAUAAUCACAGAAUAUGGAUUAUUACAUCAAAACGGGCAUGAAAGCUUUUGUUUUAUCUCUGUUGCUAAUUUCAGCUGUUGAUUUAAGAUGUACGAAUUCAAACUUUACUCCAAUAUUUUUUUUUUCGAUGAAAGAAAGUAAAUGUUCCAAAUUUAUUAAUAGUUGAUAUUUUUAUUCAGACUUAAACAGUUCUAAAAUGUGAACUAUACUUCGGAAAGUAGCUAUUUUCUCUUUAUUACCUACAGUAAUGUAGGUAAUAAAGUAAUAAUGUAGAUGUACAGUAACGUAGAUACUUUCAAAUCCACACCGCUUCAUACAGCAUAAUAUUAGAGUACUUUCUAACAUUCUCUUUGUAAAACUCUGAAAAGUAAGUGGGUAAUAUUCACUAUCUGACCUCCUCGAAGUAACUUCUAUACAAAUUGUCUCAUGGAAACUGUCUCACAGUUUUAAAAUGUGUUGAAAGAGAAAACUCGGUCCACAAGCAUAAUUUUGAGAACUAAAUAAUCAAACCCGAAUUAACUUCUCUUGUAGUUUAUUUAAUGUCGUAAUAUUUGACGCUUAUUGGCCUAGACCCUAGAAUAGUCGUGUUUAAUUCACUACCUGAAUUGAACACGCUAGACUUCUAGAUUAGUUGGACAUUUCGUGAGGAUGAACAAUUCUGAAAACUCAAUUUAUUGUGUGACAUGGAAAACAAAACCAGUAUAUUCAUUCAUCUAUUUUUUGAAAACAGACAUAUCUUAGGUUAAGAAAUCGCUCCAAAAAUGAAAAAUAUAUUCCAAAAAUUACAUAGAUAAAACUUUUAUAUUUCAAAAAUUACGUAGAAAUGUCUUGGCCGUCAUAUGACUAGUUUCCACUCUAUUACCUUCUGUACCAGAGCUUUCCGAUCUCUUCUUCGUAUAUGUCAAAUCAUUGAAGGCUUUGAAUCUUUAUCACUAAUACUACAUGACCCUUAUUCAACUCAUCUUUGAUCUCGUGAUUCAUCAACCUUUUUAGGUAUUCUCCAUCGAUCAUCAACCGGUCCCAGUAUGUCCUCCAAUAUUCGAAGAUCCUUUUCGUCCUCCUGACAGGCACAUGGUUCCGGCUCCAAAUGUAAUGACUGGUCUAAUGCCUGUUCUGUGUAUUCUCAACUUUGUGAUCGUGCUCAAUUGUUCACUCUUCAGAAACUUCACAUACCUCCAGUACACUUUAAUCACCUGUCUGAUUCUGUACGCCGCUUCUAUUCUUAUAUUAUUUGCAUCGCUUACUAUCACAUCCAAAUAAUUGAAAUCUUCCAAGCUUCAGUAUUCUUUGACUAUUUGUCUUUCUCUUUGUUACCAGCAUGGACUUUGUUUUUUGAACAUUCACCUCUAGCCCCAUUUCACCACGCUUGUUGAUGAAAUAUUCAAAUUAGGUAAAACGUAAGAAAUAUCGCUAUGAACGAAAUCAACCAGUUUCCGAUAACCGGUAAUGGAUAUCUUUGAAACUUAGUUUUAUAGACUUCUGCCAAUAAAUGAAGCACUAAGCUUCACAUUGCGAGGUUCCUGAUUUCAUAGUAAUUCCAUAAUGGAAAGCAUUGGGUGGUUAAUGAAGAUUCAGAUGUAUUUGAGAAUUGGCAUAAUUUGUAACUAACUUGGGUUUUCUAUGGAAGUGGUCAAUCAAGCAAAUAACCUUGAAUACUAACAACUCUAAUUAAUGAUUAUUUCUACCGUCGCGAAGAUUCUAGAGGAGAAAAAGAAAAUAUUACCUCUGAACCGUCUGAUUCUUUCCGAAUCAUCGUAAACGUAACUGAAUGUUAAGUUUGAGCAAAUAAUAUUAGGAAAAUAUAUGGAAUAACAGAAUCCUGUGAACCGUGCUAAAAAGAAUUAUUGGGUAGGCUGAUAAGUCCGUAAGCUAACACAAAAAUGACGCAACUGGUAUUCAAUCCCUAUGAUUUUCAGUUAGCCCUCACUUUUAAAAGAUUAAUGUAUAAAUUUGACAUCUUUUGUACUAUUAGUUUAUGAGUUUAUGAGAAAUUUUGGAUAAUACAACUUUUAUUAUUUUGAAAAUUAAGGUUAUUCGAACAUUUUUCCAGAAAAAUUAACCUUGGAGAAAUGGUUUGAUAAAUUUAAACUAGUCAAGAUGAGCACCUUGGACAGUGCACUCAAGUUACGCUCCAAAGAAUCUAUUACUGAGAAAAACAUCAAAACUGUUCACAAAAUAAUUUCGGAUAACCGUGAGGUGGACCUGAUUAAAAUACUUUAUACUCUAAGGAUAUCAAAGACGUGUUGGACAUAUAUUGAAUGAAUAUUUGGGUAUGUGCAAACUCUGUUCAAAUGGGGAACCGCGUGAGCCCACAAUCGACCAAAAACAACAAAGAAUUGAUAAUUGAGCAGUGGACCUGUUCAAACGUUAGAUUUUAAUGAACCCAAAUAGUUGUUUGUUUGUUUUCUGUAUUGAAAGCGAUAUGUAAUAAUUUUCCCAUUGACAGGAUUAUUAUUUAGCAAAACUGAUGUCGCAUAGAUCAUACUAAGAUUUACGAAUAUUAAUAAAUACUUUUUCCAUUGCCUCAAAUUUUUUGUUUAAUUAUUAGGCUUAGAAAUUUAAUCAGCUAUUAGAAUCAAAACCUCAAAAAGAAAUUGAAAUUUAUACACCAGAAUUUUCCCACUUAAAAAUUGUUUCAAGGAAAUCUCACUGUAUUAUCAUUGGGAUGAAAUUUCUAUUUUUGCUACGAAUCAGUUAUCGAAUUUAAUUGUUCCACAUUUCAAAGUCACAACAAUAAAAAGUAAAUUCAAUACAUUUCAAACUACAUGAAAUGUAUUGAAAGAAAUUCACAACUCCAUUUAUAGUUGAAUGUUAUUUAUUUUCAUUUUAAUAUAUUCAAAAUUCAACAAAACAUCGUCAAGUCGUUGCUGUUCCAAUUUUAAUGAUGAAAAAUUCGAAGGACCGAAUAGCAGCACACCCUUAUAACACUCAUUCAAACCGUAGCUUGGAAAACAAUGAAUUUUUUUCUUUGUCGCUCUGAAACCUGAUUAUGCAAUUAAUUCCCACAAGUCGAGAACUGUAACAUUGGAGAAAUGGAGAUAAACCAACAAUUUUUUUGAACCAUAUUUUUUUACUGGAAGUUUGGAGAAUGUAUUCAAAUAUUUGCAUAAUUGAAUUUUCCAUAUUGGUUAUUCUAUUCGAGAAUAUUUUUUUGAACCAUAAUCUGAAUGUUUUCUGUGAAAGGAGUAUAUCCCAUACUCAGUAAUUGUAUAUCUAGACAUCUAGACAUUAUUGUUACACUACUAGAAAUUAACAAAAA